CUGUGCUUAUAUUGUCUUUGGUAAUGUGUACAAUGUCUUUCUUAGUUUAAUAAUUUAAUUCUUCAUUGUAAAUGUUAAUGAUGUGUUCAAUUAUAUAUUUCUCUACUACAUGUUGAUUUUAAGGUGAUAUAUUUAUCGAUCACAGAAAAUAAAUUAUGGAGCAAGAAAGAGAAGAAGGUGAAAUGAGUGAUGAUACAGAAAUGCUUGUUGAUGACGAGCAAUCGUCCCAUAAAUUGUUAGAUAAUAAAAGUACUUUGUUUUAUAGAGCCGAUAAGGAAGGGCUUAUUGUCGAACAGUUAAAUAAAGUCGAUGCUUCAAAGUUGGAAGAUAGAGCUAAAAGAUUUGGUUUAAACUUAACUGGGCAUAAAUUGGUAACACAGAAUCAAAUUGAUGAGCUGUACAGUAACUGUGGAAUUGAAAGUGGAAACGAAAGACAUUUCCGAUUUGAUACAUUACAUUUAAAUGGUGUCGGUGGUUUGACCACAAAGGAAAUAUUUGAAUAUUUAAAAGAUUAUAAGCCAGUGUCUUUGGAAUGGGUGGGUGCCAAUUCAUGUAACAUUGUUUGUCAAGAUAAUAUAUCUGUUGCAUUAGCAUUAUUAGUGCAUUCCCAAGAAAUAACUAAUGAUGAUGUCAAGAAGAUGUUAUUAGAGAAGUCUUCAUACCAUUGGCGAGAAGGUAUGCCACAUUCAAAAAGUGAUACAAUUUUAAUGCGUUUUGCAACAAAUAGUGAUAAAAAGGUUACAGAUAAAAUACCAGAGCGAAAAGUUAAAGAUACUCAAAAUUUCGAAAGUGGUAAUAAUACUAGUAAGAAUCCUUGGGGUGAUUUAUGUAGAUCUUGGGGUGUUUACGAUCACCAAGAAAUAUUUCAAAGAAAAUUAACAAAAUCUGAUUAUGAGGAUAAGUCUGAAGAACCAACUGAAACUAUACAGUUAAAAAAUAAAAGGUUAGCAAUGAGACUUGGAAAGAGAAAUUAUAAUAUUGAAGAUGAGGAGGAAAGUAGUGAUUCAGAUUCAGAAUGGAAAAAGAAAAUUAAAACUCCCAGAAUGAGAAUGCAUGCUGAUGAUGAAGAAUCAAAACAAGUCAAACUUAACCCCAUAAAUCAAAACAUAGAUGAGGAAAAUGACAACUAUGCGCCAUUAUCUAUUGAGGUUAUGAAUUCCAGAAGUAUGUUUAUGCCUAAGGAAACAAAAAUAGUUUCUGACAAAUUCAAAUAUAAAGAUAGACCUGUAAAAAGUACUCAUAAAAAUAUUCAAUCACGAUUGGGAGUAAAGGUGGUACAAGAUAAAUCAUAUUCUAGUGAUGAAAGUCCCUCCAAUGGGUUGGAUAGUAAUAUGAUGAGCAGGGUACAGAAAGUAGCCAGUAGCACGAAAAACUCUGUGUGGUCUAGAUUAGAAGUUAAUGAUGCAAAUGCACCACAGCAAAGUGAUUUAAGACAAAUUUUGACAACCCGCAAACAAAAAUCUGAUGACCUAAGGGAUAAAAUUCGUAAAACAAAGCAAUGUAACUUACGAAUUGAAAUAGAUAAUAAUUAUGCUAAUGAAUAAAGUAAUUAUGA